GCCGGAGCGAGCUCACUGAAGGAGACGCGCCACCGCCAACAAGUAUUUUAUAAUUUAAUUUUCAUUUUCUUUUGCGAAAUAUACCACAUUUCUCCCAACGUUUCCCCCUGCGAUUUUCAAUCUCUAUUUCCCGCGUGUUUUCGGCUUGCAAUCCUAAAGCUUGAGCAAAUUUGUGGUAAAUUGAAGAUUCUGGCACCGCAAUAGUUUUCAUUUGCAGUUUUUCCGUUCCCAGUUUCUCUGGGAAGCCAAACGGGACUUAUGGAGGCUCUCUAUAAAAAGCUCUACGACAAGUACACUAAACUUAAGACAAAAAAGAUGUCUGACUUUGACCAGCUCAGUAAGGAUCAAGAAGUAAAAUUUUUGAAUUAUGUGUCUGCUGCAGAGGAGUUGAUACAACAUUUGAAAAGUGAAAAUGACAGAUUGCGUCUACAGGUUAAUGAAUUGAGUGAUGAAGUGGCUUCAGCCAGGUCCAACAUGGAUGCAAAAUGUGCUGAUUAUCAGAAGCCAUUAAUGGAAGAGCAUCAAAGGAAUAAUACUCUCUCUGAAAAAGUUGAGAAGCUUCAAAAACUUCAGCAGGAGGGAAAUUUUGGUGGUUUUAACAAUGUAAUAAGUAAUGAACUGCAUACGCCUAGUGGAGAAGUAUCAAAAGCCUCGUCAGGAGGAAAUACAAGAAAGCGCUCCAGGGAGGCUGCUCCAGUGACAGAUGAACUCAGAACACUUCAUGCAAGUGCUCAAGAUGAUCCCGUGCUAAGGCAAUCAACACGUGAGUUAUCCCAGAAAGCUGCGUCCAGUGCCAACAUGCAGCUGCCAGAGUGCUGUGGAAGAAAUAGUGAACAAUCAGAUGGCAGAGUAAAUGACAACGUUUCCACCAAUUGCCCAUAUCAAUGUCUUGUGGAGCACUUGAUGGGCAUGGAAUUAUCAACCACCAAUCGAAAUGAAGGAAUAUGCAUAUCAGCCAUUCAUAAAUCAAGUGGUUACUCAUUCAGUCUAACGUGGAUAAAUAAAUUGGGCGGAGACACGGAGAUCCUGUACCGGGUCAUAUCUCUGGGUACUUUUGAGAGAGUAGCCCCAGAAUGGAUGAAGGAGGUCAUCAUGUUCAGCACGAGUAUGUGCCCAACCUUCUUGGAGAAGGUAACAAGGGUCAUAAAACUGCACUGCUAACAAAAAGACAGUUGCUGAAUGAAGUUAAACAGCGAGCAAGCUUACAAAAGUCUGCUUCCUUAACCGUUCUGCUAACUCCUCUGCCAGUACCCAUUUGGUAGCUUGAGAUCUCCUCCAGAAACAGAAAAAAAAAAAAAAAAGCAUUGUGAACUCUGAAGUCAAUUCUUUUUUCUUAAAAUGAACUGUGAGGUUGGAUUGUAUGGUGAUUCUCCCAUGAAAGUGAGUGAUGUAUAUUUUUAUAUGUUGAAUAUAUCUGAACAAGGAAGAAGGUGGCUUCUGAAA